AUGAAAAUCGAAAAACAGACAUCUUGGGUGUCUUCUUCAGAUGUAUUCGCAUUCCCGGAAUACUUUUUUGCCCUUCCUCGCUUCCUGAUAACGAACCGUACAGUGUAUCCAGCCAUUAAUUAUCUGAAAGAGUUACACGUGCAAACAGUUAUCGACAUGAUUGUGCUGUUUUAUAGGAAAAAGAUUCUGAUUCUCAUCCACUGCUUUCUAUUUUUACAGAAACACGUUCUUCAAUUCUGUAAUGAACAUUUAUAUCGCUUCAGUACCGCAGGGUUAUCAGUUCCGAGUUCACUGGUUGCUAUUAAUAAAGUAAUCACAUUCUGCACUUCGCCUUUUUGUACUGACCUCAAACAGAUGGCCUUCAUUAUCGAUGUCAUGGAUAUUCAACUCAGACUUCAAAUUAAACUGUUCACUUACAACCAAAUAACCAAAAAUCUAAUCAGUAUCUGA